AACCUUGACAUCCAUUUGGACGACGUGGACAGGCAGCCUCAACGGCUAUCCAUGUCCCACAGAUUGUUGGUUCAGUCUUCACUGCUGCUGUGUGAGUACUUGAAACUGUCACAUUCUGUGUGUUAUUUGCUGAGAGAAUUGUUGGUUUCAGCAUAGAGCUUACUACAGCAAGUGAUCCCAUUGGUGUGUUGCGAUGACAUCUGGUGAAUUGUCUUCAUAUUAGGAUGCAGCCUCAAAGAGACCACCUGACAUCAGUGGCCUUAGCGGCACUCAUCAUAACCCUUGGAUCAUCUCGAAUACCACUUACUAGACUGUCUGCCAAUAAUGAAAAUAAGUAUGAUUAUUUACCUCUCACUGUAAACAUUUGUGCUGAAGCCAUCAAGUUCACCAUCUGCCUGCUGCUGUCAUUACAAUUGCUUUACAAAGAGGGAAGGGCGAUUUCAGAAAUAUUUGUGAGUCCACCAAAUAAUCAGUUACACGUUCUGAAAUGGAGUAUUCCUGGAUUGCUUUACUUCUUGGAUAACCUUUUAGGAUUCUACUCAUUAACAUAUCUGGAACCGGCUGUUGUGGUUUUACUGAAUAACUUUGUCAUCAUUUCAACAUCACUUCUUUUUCGAUUCAUCUUGAAGAGACAUUUUACAAAAAUUCAGUGGGCAUCAAUCAUGAUUUUGUUUCUGGCGAUAGUUUCAUUAUCAAACGACAGUAGCCAUGGCAACUCAGUAAAUCACAACUCUGUCAAUCAUAUGCUAAUGAACUUGUCAACAAAAUCUGACCAUGUGAUUCUCUGCAGCUAUGAAAAGCACUCUCAAAACAAAAAACUUUUACCUCAAAGAAACAUUUUGAAAGCAAAAACACAGAGUACGAGAGUGGAUGAUAAACUGUUCAAUAUGGGCCAUCUCUUGAUUAUUAUAAGUUGCUUUGUCGCCUCAUUUGCUAACAUCUACAACGAAAAAAUAUUUAAGGAAGAGGGUGGGCUUCAGGAGAGUAUAUACUUCCAGAAUACGAAACUGUAUAUGUUUGGAAUUUUCUUCAACUUCAUCUUAUUAGUAUUGCACAGCGACUACCGGCAAAGGGUAUUGAAAUGCGGGUUUUUCGACGGAUACAAUAUAUACUCAUCAAUCUUAAUUUUUGAUGUUGCAUUUCUUGGGUUAACUGUGUCUCUCAUCCUCAAGUUUAAAGAUAAUAUGUUUCAUAUCUUUAGUACUCAAAUUAUGACUGUUGUAGUUAUAACUUUUUCGAUAUAUCAAUUCGGUUACAAUCCGACGCUGAAUUUUUACCUCCAAGCACCAAUUGUUCUUCUUAGUAUUUAUAUUUACAACGUUAGUAAAUACAGUCAUAAUGGUGGACAUGAAACCCAUACUUACAACCUGGUUGAGGAGGAAGACGAACAGGAUGUAGGCAAAUUCCAGAAUCAGAAUGGGAUCAUUUCUGAUCAGAUUGAGCUUCAUAAACGACGUUGUAAUUCAGAAAGUUGUGGGUGCGAAAUUGAGAAUUGAAAUCGCAAUAUAUUGUACUAAAAGUAUGUGAGAUUCAAAAAAGCUCCUCCUGCAGUGAGAUGAUAAAGUCAAAAUAGAUACUGGGUAUAUUAUAGUACUAUACUGUACAGUAUGAAAUUGAUUAUAAUCUGUCUGGUACACUGAUUAUGAAUACAAGAGUGCACAAACAGAAAAUGAGUAUGCUAUGCAAAAUGCUAAUAGAUCUUACAUUAGAUGGAUGUGUGCGCUAUAUAAAACUACACUAUUAUUAUUAUGAUAUAUUUUUUUUAAAUACUGUACACACAAUUUUAAAAAUUACUAAAUAUGUACUGUACUCCAAGUGCAUAAGCUUAGCCAGCGAGCUGUCCAGCUCUCUUUUGGAAGGCCAAUUUUGCCUUGACGGCUUGGACAGCUUGGUCUAAUCAGCUUGGCCUAGUCUAUUUGGGCCUGGUCUACCUUUAGCAAAUUCUUUAUAUUCUUGAAAUCUAUCGAAUGUUAAUACAUUAAACUAAAGCUGAAUAAUAUUUACGUUUGACAAAAACCACAUUUAUUGAUUGAAUGUACGUUGUUUUUGUACCAAUAUUGGGUGGGGAUUCCAAAAUAUGGGCGUGGUCUGUCCAUCGGCUCAGUGCCACGCCCACUAGCUUCAAUUUUGGACAGCCUAUUUCGUUUUUCUGGCUAAACCCCUUCCAAGUGUUAGUUUUUGUUUUUUUUCCCCUGUAUAGUCAUGGAAUGUAAUAUUCAAAUUUAAUCACAAUUUUGCAAAUUCAAGUUUCAUAAGGCAGAAUUUAACCGAAAAAUCCAAAAAAAUAAUGAGGGUUUUGUCCUUGUAAAAUGCUCCCGGAAAAAUGCAUACUUGUUAGAACAACUUCUGCUGUAUGCUUUACAUAUAAAAUUGAUCCCCCUCUCUUUGUGAGAUGGGUUGUUAUGUCAAAAUACUUAACUAAAAUAUGAGAGUGAGAAAGACCAAAGUAUGAGAUUGGGAUCUUUAUCUCAUUGGCCGUUUCUGAUUAUUUCUUCAAACCCUCCUUUAAAAUUUUGAAGCGCACCGAUGUGCCAUAAGCGUUUUCACAGAUGAAACUGGCGCACAACCAAUUUUUAAUAUUAUUAUUUUUCAUCCGACCAUCUGAAGGAGUGUUUUGGAUUACACCCUGUUUCAGUUUUAGAAUACUCUAUGUGAAAUGGAUGGCUUAUAUCAUGAUAUACAAUGAGUGGGCUUAUUUGAGAAAGCUCUAAUUAUGAAAUAGUUGGUAAAAUUACUAUAAUAAUAUAAUAAGUGUAUGUACACCGGUUCGGUACCGUUCAUUAUAAUUUAUUUUCAUUUGAAAUAUUAUAUGAAUUCAUUUUACAUACAAAUACAAAUGGAAGGGUCCACUAAUACAUAACGACAGAAAUAAUAAAAACAAUAUCAGUUAAUAAACUAUCCCCCGCUGGACACCAUCCUGGUAUUUCUGAGUGAAGGUUUCGGGGCUUGAAAAUAAUGAUUGUGAUUGUAACGACAUAAACUACUAUACAAGGUAAAACUAUUCCCCGCUGGACACCAUUUUGGUAUAUCCGAGUUGUGGUUUCGGGGCCAUUAUGAAUUGAAUAAUAGGCUUAAACUGUACUUAACUAAAAACUAAAAUAUUUAUUACAUUAAAACACUGAGAUUGUUGUAUUAUUUGGGGGAUUGUGAUUUCAGCUUGAGGGCUGAAAUUCAAGUUUUGAAAGCGCACCGUCUUUUGGAUGAGACGUACUGUAGGUCCUGUCUGCAUAGUGGCUCACGUGCAUGUUAAAAAACGCAGUAAAGUCACUCUUCGGAAAAGAGUAGGGGAUUGUCUCCUGGUGUACUCCACCCCCUCCCCAAUUCUCCACCAGAACCCCACUGGAAAUAAGUCUUAGGACUUUUGUGGGUUAUUCUUGGUGUGUAUCACACCAAAGUACAAAUCCAAUCCAGUCAACUAUUUUACUUAAAUUUUGUGCUUAACAUCAUACCGUCUUGGAAUACGAGAUACGGAUUGCUUAUAACCACUCAUAUGGGACACACCUAGGGAACACUUUUUCAGUCCCAAAGUUGUCCCCUUAAUAGGGGUUCUACAGUAUUUUGUUGGAUCACACAAAAAUCCUUAAAUAUAUUAUGGAUUUUCGUUUAACAAAAAAUAAUUGGAUUUAUUUAUUUGAACCAUAUUUAAAUGAGGGUGAACUAUCCAGCAGAAGCUGAUGAUUUAGGACCCUUAAGAAAUAGUAUUGUACCUAAAAAUAAGUGGAUAUCUGGUUUUAUUUAUUUUUAUUUAUUAAUUUUAUUAAUACAGUACAGUACUAUAAUUUAAGCAAAGUCUGUAUUGCUAUACAGUAUAAAGUAAAAUUUUGCAAGUAAUAAAGCUUGUGAGUGAAAUCUGAUGUCUGUCACUAUGGAAUUUGGUAACAUAGUACAGUAGAUUAUUUGGUUCAAUUUUUAACUCCUGCCAAUAGCUGAUAAUGUCUGAUAUUAGAUUUAUAUGGGUCAUCGGAGAAAGCUAAGGAACCAUUAACAUGGUUCAAAGUUUCAUGAGCAGAACCAAUUACUGCACCUGCUGGUAAAAUUUUGUAUAAGCUAAUAAACAUUUUCAGAUGA